AUGUUUAAUGAAUCAUUUAUAGAUGACGCAAACUCAAAGGAAUUCAUGACGGUGUCCGAAACCGCAUAUCGAUCGGGUCAUAAAAUUACAAAUUAUACAUCAUAUAAGAAUGUGACGGACAUUGGAAAAUACUACAGCGAAAUGAAGGAUUUCUACCUGGAGUCUAUUGAAAUCGGGUUCAGCGUGCAACGGAAUCAACCGAGAAUAGUCAUUAACCUCAUUGUACCUAUAUAUUGCAUAACCCUCAUGGACGGUUUCAUUUACGUGUUUGGAAAUGGUAUGCAACGAGCGUACUUGCUUCCUGUGUAUUUCACUUUUUUCUCUGACAUCUCCUCCAUUUACACCAUCUCCAGGCUUCCUCAUAUCGUUCGUUGGUUUUUCGCUCGACUCUUCUCCUCAUCAGCUUGCCUCAUUGCGCUUCUCUUCACUAAGGAACUCGCCCAAUGUUCGCGACGUUUCCUGGCCAUUCUGGCCACAACUGCUGUUUUCUACGCGCUUUUCUCUGUACCGUAUGAUAUUUUCAGUUCUUCGCCAUAA